AAGUAAAUCUGAAAAUGAAAGAAUCAUGAAUAUUAUUUUUGUCUUUAAUACCAAAAUUCCCAUGUCAAUGGAAUAAAGACCAAAUAUACCAAAAACGACGUUAUCCUUAAACCCCCCUAAAACCCUUAUCAACCACAACAACAUCAAAGGCUCCGAAAUUCAACAAACCUAAGCACUGCACAUGAUGGCUACUGCUACUACUCUCAAAUUCGUCUGCAAACCCAAUCUUCAUCUUCGCAUCGCUCCAUUCCAAUGUGUUCGCAAGGUUGUCCCAAGAUCUGUUCCCCCGGCUGAGGCAGAGGAAUGUAGCGGUGGUUCAAUUCGUGAACAAGAAAAUAAGAAGACCCCAGCUUGGAAGAAAUUGAAUUCUAAAGAGCUUGGACUUCGAAAUUCCAUGAUAGCACAUCCAACCAAAAGGGUUCUGAGCACUCUGAAGAAAAAGGGGUAUGAUGUAUAUCUUGUUGGAGGUUGUGUACGGGAUCUUAUACUAAAACAAACACCAAAAGACUUUGAUAUUUUAACUUCUGCGGAUCUUAAAGAGGUCAUGAGAUCAUUUUCAUGGUGUGAGAUAGUUGGUAAAAGGUUCCCAAUAUGUCAUGUCCAUAUGGAUGGCACUGUUGUUGAGGUUUCAAGUUUUAAUACUAAUAAAUUCAAGCCGCGUACACGCUUUGUGCAUGAUAUUGAGGCACCCAAUGGCUGUGACAAUGAGGAUUUUCUUCGCUGGAAGAAUUGUUUGAAUCGAGACUUCACAAUUAACGGGUUGAUGUUCGAUCCGUAUGCAAAAAUUGUUUAUGAUUACAUGGGAGGGAUGGAAGAUAUUGUAAAAGCUAAAGUGCGAACUGUGGUUCCUGCAGCUACUUCUUUUCAGGAGGAUUGUGCUCGCAUUCUACGCGCUAUUAGGAUUGCUGCUCGCUUAGGGUUUAGUAUUUCAAGGGAAACAGCUCACUCUGUAAAAAAUCUUUCAUAUUCAAUAUUAAGACUUGAUAAGGGUAGGUUAAUGAUGGAAAUGAAUUAUAUGCUAGCUUAUGGAUCUGCUGAAGCUUCUUUGAGACUAUUAUGGAGAUUUGGACUUCUAGAUAUACUUCUCCCCUUUCAGGCUGUUUAUUUUGUUCACCAUCGAUUUCGGAGGCGGGACAAAAGAACCAAUAUGCUUUUGUCUUUGUUCUCCAAUUUGGAUAAACUUUUGGCACCAAACCGACCAUGUCACAGCAGCUUAUGGGUUGGUAUCCUUGCAUUACACAAAACAUUGAGUGAUCAACCAAGGAAUCCCUUGGUUGUUGCUGCAUUUAGCCUUGCAGUUCAUAAUGGUGGAAAUUUGUUGGAAGCAGUAGACAUAUCUAGGAGGAUCAACCAACCUCAUGAUGACAGAUUUCCUGAAUUGUUAGAUCCUUCGGAUCUGGAAGCAGAGGCUUUGGCAGAUGAGAUUUUGGAUCUUGCAGAGUCUGUUAAAGAGUCACUGUUACAGAUGACAACUAGGCAUAUGGUAUCUCAAGCUAUGGCUGACUAUCCUCAAGCUCCUCAUUCAGAUAUGGUUUUCAUCCCUUUAGGAAUGUACCUAAAAACUGUCAGUAUUUUUGAUUGCCUGAGAGCAAGGGCUGGUAGGAAAUUUUUGUCAAAGCAAGAUAGGAAAACUGAUUACGAGUCCUUAGCACAUGGUGACCUGCAAGAAGUACGGCACAUGUUAGCAAUGGUUGUAUUUGAUACCAUAUAUCCACUGCACUUGGACCGAGAUCAGUCUUGAAAGAGCACUAAAUUUGCAGGAGACAAUUUUAAGGUUAUUAGAAAAUGAAAUUGUGAGAAAGUUGAUGCUGGUGUAGGCAUUCUAUCAGAGGGAAAUAGUUGGACGAAAAUUGGAAUAGAGAUGUGGUGAAGGUCUGAUUCCAGCAUUUGACAUUUCAGUGGUGCUUGCAGAUAUUUAACAACUGUUCUGAGCCAGUGAGAACUUUUUGGCUUACCCUGCUAUGCAAUAUUCCUAACUUAAAGGCCAAAUUAGCAAGCGAAUAAAAGAUGAAGAGCAUUUCUGAUCUGGAUGAAAAAAUUUCACACUUUUUGGUUCCAGUGUUUUUAUUUUGGUUAGAUUAAUUCUUUAAUCAAAUAUGGAACUUCCAUAUUGUUCUGCUUGUGUAAUGUAAAAGUUACACUGCUAAUCAAUGGUGUAUAUGACAAAUUUAGAUGACCAAGUCAUUAAAUGUUAAUGCUAGCAAAGACCAUUAAUACGAGAUCAAUUGCUUUUUGCUGUA